AUACCUGGUCUUCGGACAUUUCUCAAUCAGCUGAUCAGUUUCUCUCCUCUGAGAGUCUAUAAUUGUGAAUGCUCCACAGAGGAAUAUCUGUGUUAGAUUAUCCGGUGCAUCGCUCUGUUGUAGAUGGAGCCAGUGAUGAGUGAGGCUGACUUUUGUAUUCGCCUCACAGGCAGCUACCAGGGGAGAUAACCUGGUCUCCUGAGCCUUCAUUCUCAUGGAGAACAAUGAUCAGUCAUUAUCCUAGGAUUAUUUUAAUUUCCUGAUUUUUUCUGUUUUACAUGACAAUACUUUGUGAUCAAAAAUGAGUGAAACUUUGUCUGUGACUUUAGAAGACAUUUCAGAGCAUUCCAAAAAGCGAGUGAAGCCAAAGAGGCUUAGUUUUGUUCAGAAUAACCUGCUGGGCUUGAUGAAGUCUGUUUUUCCACUACAGGUCUACAAAGUGGUGGUCAACUUUGGAGACUUUUCAUGGUUCAUCUUCAGAAGAUACAAUGAAUUCCACAGCUUGUAUGAAAAGUUGAAGAAAUUGUUUCCUGAGGCAAGUCUACGUCUACCUGGUAAGAAGAUCUUUGGUAACCUUGACCCUGACUUUAUACAGCAGCGUCGGGAGGGACUAGACAUCUUCAUCCAGGAGCUAGUCACCAACCCCAAACUCUCACAGCAUCCGGAAGUGCGAGCUUUCCUGAAUUUGGACAACCCGCGGAAUGUUCAGGAUUCUGUAGACAAUUUUGAUGAUUCUGAAGCCAUGAAUGAAAGAGAUGUCAACCCGGUCAAUUUGGGACCCAGUGAAAAGAAAACUGUUAAACCCAGUGAUUUUGAAUUCCUAAAAGUUAUUGGAAAGGGAAGUUUUGGCAAAGUAUUGCUGGCCAGAAAUAAAAAUGAAGGGAACAUUUAUGCCAUCAAAGUGCUACAAAAACAGGCAAUCAUGAAACGGAACGAAGUGAAACACAUAAUGUCAGAACGGAAUGUACUGCUUAAAAAUGUCAAGCAUCCAUUUCUAGUGGGACUACACUACUCCUUCCAAACAGUGGAUAAAUUAUACUUUGUUCUGGACUAUGUGAACGGAGGAGAGCUGUUUUUCCAUCUGCAGAGGGAGCGAUAUUUUCCUGAGCAGCGAGCCAAGUUUUACGCCGCUGAGAUGGCCAGUGCCAUUGGUUACCUGCAUUCCCUAAACAUAAUCUACAGAGAUCUCAAACCAGAAAACAUUCUUCUUGAUUCCAAGGGACACAUCACCCUGACGGACUUUGGUCUGUGUAAGGAGGGGAUAGAAGGCAUGGGGACGACCAACACCUUCUGUGGCACUCCAGAGUACCUGGCCCCUGAAGUGUUGCGGAAGCAGCCCUAUGAUAAGACGGUAGACUGGUGGUGUCUUGGGGCCGUUAUGUACGAGAUGAUGUAUGGACUGCCCCCGUUCUACAGUCGAGACACAGCGGAGAUGUACGACAACAUCCUGUAUAAACCCCUCCGAUUACGAACCAAUGUGUCACAGUCAGCUCGACAGAUACUAGACGGGUUAUUACAAAAAGAGAAAGAACAGAGACUGGGAUCAAAGCGCGACUUCCAGGAGAUCAGGAAUCAUAACUUCUUUGCUGACAUGAACUGGGAUGACCUGGAUGGCAAGAAAAUCAAUCCUCCAUAUAACCCCAACGUGAGUGGUCAGCUUGAUUUAAAACACUUUGAUCCAGAGUUUGUCAGAGAACCAGUACCUGCCUCGGUAGGGAAGUCAGUGGGGAGCUGUAAGCUAGUGAGUGCCAGUGUAAUGGAAGCUGACAACAUGUUCCAAGGAUUCUCCUACGUCCCUCCAGCAGAAGAUGCCUUCAGCUAGGACCAACUGUCGUCUGCUUCUGUCAUCUAGUCUGUGAUUGGUCAGCACAUCAUACAUCUCAUCCAAUGAACAAAUAGCUGAGUGGAAACUGCUGAAUGGGAGGUCCCAGGACUUGUGUGUGAUUGGUUAAAGAAGGAUACUGUUAAUUUAAGGAUUGAUGUUUGUUGAAUGAUUACCAAGGGAUAGUAGCAGUCCCCAGCCUCGUGCUGUUCUCCAGUAAUAGGAGGUGGCCCUGUGAUACCGUGACACAAUGAUGUCUUUCAGCAACUGUUUUACUGACUGAAUAUUAAGUGAAUCGUGUCAGAUUAUGAAAGUCGGUGGAGGUGAUAACGAACUCAUCAAUAUGCACAUCGUAUGUUUGGUGUCAAUUGACAGACAUAAUAUAUUGGUCAAUUACUUAAAAACAACGAUAUCUAAUAAUAGUCAUUGUGAAGUGGUCAGUUUUGUGACCCAUUUUCUACUUGGUUAUGAGUACACUCAUAUUUGAAAUAUACUUGGUUACGAGUACAUUCAUGUUUGUAAUUUAUUGUUUAUUUUCCCAUCAAUUGUAUUCCAGAAUCAGUAUGAAGCAUAUUCUUUUUAAUCAAACAUUUUCAAUAUUUUUUUGUUCAGUGCCUUCUUUCCUGCUUUUUAAAUUUGAAGGUUGAUUGUGUGAUUCUUUAUAGGGCAGAGACUUUUAGCAUUAUAUCGCAUUUUGUCUUUGUAUCAUGGAAAUAAGUAGAAUUGUGAGUGAUGUUGAUAUAAUUUAGUAUUUCAAAACAUUUCCCAUUAUCCUGAAUUCGCAGAUAGAACACAACGAAAUGUACCUCCUAUAAUAAGACUGGUCCCGGUUUUAUUUUUACAUAAUUCUUCACACAAACUAAUACGAAUAACAUAUCAAAAAUCAUGAACCUGUCAUUUUAUCAGCGAUAUGGUCCACAUAUUGUGGGCCAGUUGUACAUUUUGCCAGAUUUUUUUUAUAUUAACAUUAAGGUGCUGUGAUACUUUUUCUGCCAUCUGCCAGUAUUGCUAGGGGCAGAUAACUGCCUUAUAUUGUCCAAUCAGGAGUGCCCUCUAGUGGAGUAUUUCUGAAACAGUGAUACUGUGAUUUUUUUAAUACAAAAAUAUUGUUAUUUGUUUAAGAUAUUGUUAUUGAGCAACAUGUGUAUAUUAAAUACUCAAUGUGCAAUUGAUUAUAUUAUGAGGAAUCAAAUGACAAUAAAACAGAUAAAAACAUUA